AUAAUAUAUAAAGCAAGAACAUGGUACUAGCUGUCAGCAUUGUUUAAGUCGUCGUCAAUAGAAUGAGGAAUCGUCUUCGUCAUGACGUCACAGAUCUAUAAAGCCAUUUAAACGGGUACAGUUUAUAUUAGACGGCUAUUGUACAGUAGCUUAGCGUCAGAGUAAAUGUAAUAGAGGGCGAUAGCUGCUAGUGCUAACAGUAAGGUUAGCUGUUAUGUCAGACUCGAGCUCGAAGGAAACAGUGAAGUGUCCUUUAUGUCCUGCGGAUGGAACCAACUCGUCUUUUUAUUGUUUUUAACAGGAGACAAAUAUGACUUGUGGACUGGAAAAUCUAGUCGAAGAUAAUCGAUGACAAGGACAAACGCCUCCAGAUAAACAGCACUUCUGUCUUGCAUCCCUAUUUUUUUUAAUGCUAACAUUGAUUUGUGGAUUAUUUUAUUCAGCAUCACCAAACAAGCUAUUAUUACUAUUUACAUUCUGUUGUUAUUGUUAGCAUGUUUGCAGAGAUCAGCUUUUUUUUGCAGCAGCUAUGACGCUAGGUGUAGUCACAGGAUUAUGUCACUGUUAGGCUAACAGAUAGCUCUGUGUCUGUGUGUGGUUGCUGUUGAUCUUUGCAUGGCCAGGUCCAGCUAGUAUAGGCACCAUGUAGACUGUCCCUCCAAGACAGGUUACUGGGCACACAGUGUGUUAGAUAGAGAGUCUCCUUGGAAAGUAAUGCAAAGCUGGAUUGCAACUAUCCAAAUGGGUCAACGACUGACAGCUGGCACAGAUUCAGUUUAGCUGAGGAUUGUUGGUAGACAUGCUCAAAGCCGUCUGCUCUGUGUGACAUUACAAACAUCCCAACCUAUUUAGAGGGCAUGAGAAUGCAUAAUGUCCUGACUAGCUAUUUAUGCAAGAAACAUCCGAGCAGCCUGUCAUGGAGUAAAAAUCUGCAGUGCAAGAAGCGGCAUCACCAGGACUGAAAGCAUAAUUUCCUCCAGGAUUAUUUUCUGCAGAGAAGAGCAACAUUUAAAGCCCCACCAGAGCCCAGCAGAAGCUGGACCACCAGACCAUCGCAAUGGAGACAGUUGGAGAUUUUGAGUACAGCAGAAAAGACCUAGUUGGACAUGGAGCCUUCGCUGUGGUGUUCAAAGGGAGACACAGAAAGAAGACAGAUUGGGAGGUGGCCAUCAAGAGCAUUAAUAAGAAAAACCUGUCCAAGUCCCAAAUCCUUCUUGGCAAGGAAAUCAAAAUCCUGAAGGAGCUGCAGCAUGAAAACAUUGUUGCACUUUAUGAUGUCCAGGAAACACCCAACUCUGUUUUGCUGGUCAUGGAGUACUGUAACGGAGGUGAUCUUGCCGACUAUCUUCAAGCUAAGGGGACACUGAGGGAAGACACACUGAGGGUUUUCCUGCAGCAGAUUGCUGCUGCCAUGCGUAUCCUCAACAGCAAAGGAAUCAUCCACCGUGACCUGAAACCCCAGAACAUCCUUCUGUCUUAUGCUGGUCGCAAGAAGUCUAACAUCAGUUGCAUCCGCAUCAAAAUAGCUGACUUUGGCUUUGCACGGUACCUCCAGAGCAACAUGAUGGCAGCUACACUAUGUGGGUCACCCAUGUACAUGGCUCCAGAGGUCAUCAUGUCCCAGAACUAUGAUGCCAAGGCCGACCUAUGGAGCAUAGGCACCGUCAUCUACCAGUGUCUGGUCGGCAAGCCACCGUUCCAGGCCAAUAGCCCACAAGACCUGAGGAUGUUCUAUGAGAAGAACAAGAAUCUCCAACCUCUCAUCCCAAGGGAGACAUCCCAACAACUGUGUGACCUUCUGCUUGGUCUGCUGCAGAGGAGUCAGAAAGACAGGAUGGACUUUGACGCGUUUUUCAGCCACCCUUUCCUGGAGCCGUCACCCACCAUUAAAAAAUCGUGUCCGGUGCCAGUCCCCAGCGCCUCCAACGCAGUGACGGACAAUUCCUGUGGCAGCUCCCCAUGCAUCCGCUACAACUCUCCUCCUUCUCUCCCAGACAUGCAGACGCUGGCAGGGGAUGGUCUAUCAUCUCCUCCACUCGCACCACCCAAUUUCCUGCAGCUGUCCAAAGAGUCUGGAGGAAGCACCAGCAGCAAGAACUCAUCUUGUGACACUGAGGACUUUGUCCUGGUGCCCCACAUCUCUUCUGACAGCUAUGACCAGCCAAUGGGAGUGGGUGGUCGGCCAUCCAGUGAGUUCCUCAUUUGUGGAGGGCAGCAACAGCCCACUCCAGGACAGGCUACCAUGGUCUCCCCGCGGGCUGAGACGACCCCCAUCCCUGUGCCCACCCAGAUCCGCAACUACCAACGCAUCAAGCAGAACCUCUCCAGCAGCCCAACAACAAUGCUGUACAGCUCCCCCAGGUCUGGAACAGUGAGGCGCUCCAACACUAGUCCUAUGGGGUUUCCAAAGGUGGGCUCCGGGUCUCCCAGCUCUGCAGACGUCCCUCAGACAGUAGGCAGACGUCUGUCCACCGGCAACCCUCGGCCCUACUCUCCCUCACCUCUGGUGGGCACCAUCCCUGAGCAGCUGGGUCACUGCUGCUGUCACCUGCAGAACCACGAACAUCGCAGCCGCAGCUCCUCAGGAGGUUCCCCUGUCCCGUCCUCUCAGCUCCUGGGGGCUCGGCUCCAGAGUGCCCCCACCCUGACCGAGGUCUACCAGUCCAGGCAGAAACUCCACAAGCAGUUAUCAGACCCAGUCCAGCCGUCCUUCUCCUGCAGUCAUUCCCCUCAGCUGGGCCGAAUCACCAACCUGGGCUCCUCUCCGACCAAGAUCCUGGGCUCCUCCCCCCGCACAUCUGACUGGCUGCAGAAAUCUCCACUGCCCACCAUUAUUGGCUCCCCGACUAAGACUAUUUCAGCACCGUUCAAGAUCCCCAAAACACAGGCGUCCUGUAACCUGAUGGCGCUGGCGGACAGCCCCGUGCCCACUAAGAUGCUGGCAGAUUCCCGGGACAUCUGCACCCACCACUGCAGCCCGUAUCUAACAGGGCGACCGGCUGCCCCGGAGGCCAGCAGGACCUUCGGCAGGUCUGUUAGUACAGGUCGUCUGUGUGAGCAGCCAAUCAGAAUCACUUUGGGUGGCCAGGCCCAUCAGGGCAGCACUGACAGCCUUAACACGGAGCGACCCAUGGACACAGCCCCUGCAGGUCCCAGCGGGCUGGUUCAGGUUGGGUCAGCAAGUCCCCGUACGGUUCUUUUCACCGUGGGUUCACCACCCAACAGCAGUACUCCUCCUACCUGCAGCCAUCUUGGCACCAUGCCACGCACCACCUCAGUGGGCUCCAACAGUUCAGCUGGCUCCCUGUGCUCCAUCAGUGGCCGGGUCUAUGUUGGAUCUCCUCCAGGCAUGGCGUUGGGCUCCUCUCCUCCAGGAGGUUUUGGGGGAGGGCAGGUUGCUGCUGGGUCUGACGGGGCACCCAGCAGCCUUCGCUAUGUUCCCUAUGGGACCUCCCCUCCCAGCUUGGAGGGAUUCAUCACAUUUGAAGCCCCUGAACUGCCUGAGGAGACCCUCAUGGAGCGGGAGCACACUGACACCUUGAUGCAUUUACGGAUGAUGCUUUCAUUCACUGACUGCGUCCUGGAGAUGGCAGCAGUGCGAGCUGGAGCAACAGAGCUCGGUGUGUCAGCUGCCUCCCUCUACCCGCCCCAGGAUAGUGUGGUGGUAGACCAGAUCAGCCAGCUCAGCAGAGAGUGGGGGCAGGUGGAGCAAUUGGUGCUCUACAUGAAGGCAGCUCAGCUCCUGGCUUCUGCUCUCCAUCUUGCCAAGGCUCAGAUUAAAUCAGCCAAACUUAAUCCUUCCACUGCUGUCAAACAGGUGGUGAAGAGUCUGAAUGAGCGAUACAAAAGCUGCAUCUCCCUCUGCCGGCAGCUGACGGACAAACUCAACCACUUCUUCUCCGAUAAGCAACGAUUCGUAGACGAAAUCAACAGCGUCACUGCAGAGAAGCUUAUCUACAAUCAUGCUGUGGAAAUGGUUCAGUCGGCAGCUCUCGAUGAGAUGUUCAAGCAGACAGAAGAUAUCGCCUAUCGCUACAGCAAGGCUGCCAUGCUGCUGGAUGGCCUGUCCAAGAUCUUACAGGACCCCACUGACGUUGAGAAGAUGGUGAAGUACAAGGCCAGCGUGGACCGCAGGAUCUCAGCCCUUUGCUACUGCACUGUCACACUCUACGAGUAGCAGCCCUUACAUUAUCACACACACACACACACACACACACACACACAAACCUCAGAGGGACCAUGUCCUAAGACUACUGACUACCAUACUCACAAGUCGCUUUCCCUCCUGUAGCAGUUCAAGCACUUUUCAUUUGAUAGGUUUCAUCUAUUUAUUAUCAUACUGUUGCAUCACUGACUGAACUAUAACAAGUGACUGGUGCACAGAUUUACAACCAAAGAUCACAACAGAUGCAGAAACAAACAGCUGAAACCGGAUCUGGACAUAAUGCAUGCACUUUCAAGUGCAUUUGGAUAUCAUUUUUUUAACUAGAAGAAAAAGAAGAUGGACAGGACUAUGAAAUGAUUGUGGGCUUCAAGAGACUCAAACGCUACCAUGGACAGCAUAAUAUUUACUAUCCUGGUAACUGUGUGAUCUCAGUGAUUAUAUACUCUGUUAAAUUAUAAUUUUUCUUAUUUAUUGGUUAAGAAGAACAUGGAUUUUUGAGUUUCCUGCCUAUCUUGAAAACCUCAAGUAUUGGAGUGGAAGGAAAUUUUUAAAAAAUAGCAAAAGGCUUACGG